CACGGUGCAUGCUGUAUUUUAGUGAUAGAAGAAUAGUGCUUAGACUGAUUUUUUUUGCGCUUGCAAAAAGCAAAACACGGCUAGUAGUGUAUUGAUUUUUCGCAUAACGGUUCAUUGCUGUGCAGUGUCUUUAAGAUAAUUUGCUGUGUUGUAAUGGACACACCAGAGAUUGUUGUUAAAACUGAAGUAGAUUUCGAUUUCAUUACGAAUUACACCGGCGAUGGCGAUACGCAGAACUCGCAAAAUUCACAUACGGAUGCGUACAACACAAAAGCGUCGUGCUACAACAGCGGCGGCGGCGUGCAACAUAUUGGCGCACAAUUGGAGGCAAUGCGUAACAGCGAGCAAGGUGUUGCGGGCGCGUCGGAGUUUGGUGAGAAUGAUGAUGUUAAUUUAAUGAAGCUGUUGAAGCAAUUCGAUCUGGAAAUACUAUAUACAACGCUGAAAUUGAACAAUAUCACCUUUCGCAGCUUAAAAUAUCUCACAGUGGACGAUAUAAAUACUGCCAUACGGCACAUAGGCUAUCGCGCUGAGUUCCGGGAAAAACUCUUUGCAUGGUGCCAAGAAAAGUGUCCGACUGCAGACAAAAGCGGCACCACACGGGUCACCUCCCCUCGGUACUCGGUUGCAUCCAUUAAUGCGGCAGUCAAAAAACCGCCCACAUCCAUUGUAGCGCCUGCGAUUUCCAUACAAUCACUACAACAACUGCAAAGUGCGGCAAGCAGCUUACAAACAAUCCCAGCUAAUAUGACGACCAACAAUGCCAUAGCAACACUCACCGUCAUACCGAGCUACACAGCCACACCGACCACGAGCAGCAGUAAUGCCACCGCCGUCGCCGCCACUGCAACCACAGCAACAACGGGAUCAGCUACCAUCAUCAAACGCAACAGGGCGCCAGCUGAGGAUUUUCUAAGCCUGCUGCCGGGCGUCAGUGGCACCACAGCGCGUAUGAGCCAUAAUAUGCCAGCUGUUGUAUUGGAACCGACCUUAGAUUUGGGCGACGCAUUCAGUUUCAUGCCACAAAAUGCUAAAUCACCUAAACGACACGCAAUGGCAACGAUAACUGCUGCGGCGGAGACGGCGACAACAACAAAGACCGCAUUGGCAGCUGCCGCAAUGACGACCAGAGCUUCGGCGAUAAAAGCCAUAAAUGCCGAGCAGCAGUUCAUGAUGGCGAGUGGCAGCGGUGGCACCGGUGGUGGCAAUGCAAAUGGCGGCAGAGCGGCAAACACAGACACUGCUGUAGGUGUGGGCGGCGGCGGAAGUGGAAGCGCCGGUGAUGGCUAUUCGCCUAAGGGACCAUUGAUUAUGCAAUGCGCUAAAGUGGAUACCGCCAAAGUGCUGCAGAGCUCGCAUAUCGGCCAGCGCAUCAAGCAGUUCUACAACAAAAACGGCUACCUGGAAAACAGCCAACGCAACGAAAUUGUGCGCCUCAUUGUCUCGGAUGUAAUGCGCCAGGGGGAGUCGCUGAGCCCGAAGGAUCUGCGUGCGAUUUUAAGCGACAUCAUAACACUAUUCCCCAAUGAGCAAGCCGCAGCGGAUUACUACUUUAUUUAUCGCGGCGGCAAAGGCAACCCGCUGGGUCGUCUCUAUCAACGCUACUCCAAUGAGAAUGUCAAGCGUCGCCGCAUGAUACGUCUUAGCGAUGAUGAAGAUUGUACUUUUGACAUUGAUAUGACACAGCCGAUGAGCACGGGCAGCAGCUUAAUGGACGAUGAUGACACUAUGUCCACGUAUCCGCAAGACUUGCCCGGCCAUGUGCCACGUGUGGACGAGAUGACCGCGCUGGCAUUGAAGCAGCUACUAACCACAGAUCACUUUAGCUGGGAGGAAGUGUGUGAUAAAUGGAUUCAGACAUGGGCACUGCGGCAGAAGGAACUACAACAGAGUGGACUGGCUGAGUUGCUGACCAACUGGUCAAAGUUGGCCGAUCCACGUGCAGCCGAAUUGUAUAAAAUCGAUUUUCGUCACGUCUAUCCGGAUAAGGAAAAUCUGCUGGUGUCCAAGUGGGAUGACUACAUGAAAAAGGUGACGCCGCAGUUUGAUAAGAAGCUCCACAAUGACGACAUCAAAAAGUUGUACAAGUACUGCAAAAUGGGCAUGGCAAGCAAAGAUGAAAAAGACUUUAUUUAUGCCGUUGGUUUGACAGCGCUGCUGCCAUCUACCAGCCGUUUCAAGGAUCACUAUGGCAAGUUGAGCAUACGCGCCAAUCUCACUGAUAGCAUAGAUUCGUUUGUGAUGCGUCUUAAUACGCUCGAGUCGUACGAAUCACGUUUGGAUCUGUACAAUCGCAAAUAUGGUCCGGUAAACCGCACCACUCACCCCUUUCUGGUCGUAAUUAUGCCGAACGAAUGCACAAUUUCGAAAAUCUAUGUGGCUUUGGAGAAUCACUUCUAUUGCAUGCAAUCAUUUCUGCAGGCGCUCGAUUUGUGCUACAAGAUUUACCACACCUGCAAUCUGAAGUAUCCAACGAUGUGUGAGAAUGUGUGGACUUUCAUACAACGGUACUUUUACGAUAUGACCGUACCGUGGGAGGCACGAAAUGCCAAUUUGGUGUCGUUGAUGGUGUCGCUGACCAUGCAGAACUAAGUGUGAGGAAGGCGAACGAUAUAUCCACAUCCACAUUCGUAAUUAUUGUGUAAUUCUAUGUAUCUUUCUAAAUAUAAAU